AUGGCUGCUGGUGAGGACCACCAUCCUUUGAGAAUGGCGGAGGACCUUCUGGAGUCCAGCAUUUCCAGUCAGUUUUCACAGAUUGUUGUGGGAAAAGAGCCAACCCAUCUAGGGCCCAUUUGUAUCCACUUCCAGAUUGGACUUUUUAAAGAGGGUGUUAACGUGCCUGAGGGUCGGCUCAGUUUCAAAAGCGCCAAGAAGUUAGCAGCGGAAAUCAUUGAGAAGAAGGCUCCUGAUUGGAGUGUAAUCGGACUUGGUGAGAAGCUGCUGCUGUUUAAACAUGAUUCCUCCUCUGAUCAGCUCCUGCACAGACUCUCAGAGCAACACUACUUGCAUGAUGGAGACCUGGUGGAGGUGGUGCUGGCUGCUACUGCAACAUUAACCGAGGUGAAGUUCCGCCCCCAUACCUUGGUGGUCCACUCAUAUCGCACACCUACGUUUUGUCACCACUGUGGAGAGAUGCUGUGGGGGCUUGUCCGACAGGGCUUAAAGUGUGAAGGUUGUGGUUUAGAUUUUCAUAAACGCUGCGCACUGAUGUUACCUAAUGACUGCUUGCGAGUGUACCGGCCCUGUGGUCCCAGUCUUUCUCUGUUUCCCCCUGCCCGUCCCCGUUCCACUUCUCUCAGCAACCACACUGGAGGCAGUCUGGAGGAGAUCAGUAUGACUAAGCCGUCUCGAUCUCGGCCCCCCUCUUGGGCGGACAGGCCUGUGUGGUUGGGGGUGUGUGAUGGUGGGAGAGGAGGAAGACCACUGGUACCACACACCUUUCAUAUUCACACCUACACCAAACCUACAAUGUGUCAGCACUGCCACCGGCUUCUUAAGGGUCUGUUCCGCCAAGGCCUGCAGUGCUCCGACUGCAAGUUUAACUGUCAUAAGCGCUGUGAGUCCCAGGUUUUACCAGACUGCAGAGGAGAGAGAACCAGUGGAGAAGAGAACAGUACAACUCAGCAGGUGGAAUGUGAGGAGGAAAUGGCUGUGGAAACAAUCAACUCCAUUUAUGAAGAGUAUCGCUUUAAAGAGCGCCCUCGUGUGGAGGACGGACCUGCAGCACCACCACCAAUCGGUCCAUGUUUCAGUAGUAAUAUUCCCCUGAUGAGGGUGGUACAGUCAGUGAGGCACAGCAAAAGAAGAUCCAGUAGAGUACUGAAGAAGGGCUGGUUGCUGCACCACACCAAUGUGGAUUUACUUAGAAAACGUCACUACUGGAUUCUAGAUGGUAAAAGCAUCACACUGUGCCAAAAUGAGACCAGCAACAAAUACUACAAGGAGCUGCCCCUGUCUGAAGUGCUGCAGGUUCGAGUUCCGGCUCAGAUGACAGCACCUGUACAACCGGAUGACAGUGGGUGCUCGUUUGAGCUGGUGACGAGUUCUCUGAUCUAUUGUGUGUUUGCGGGUACAGAAGGACCGGCCUGGGAAUCAGCCAUCAGACUUGCUCUGAUGCCCCUACAGAGCAGCACUCACAGCACAACAGAGCAAACAGUGGUCCCUGAUGUCUCUCUAAUGUCCGUCAUUCAGGAUGUUAGUUUGCUGUAUCAGAUUUUCUCUGAUGAAGUGUUGGGAUCAGGACAGUUUGGAGUGGUGUAUGGAGGCACACACAGGCAGACGGGCUGGCCGGUGGCUAUCAAGGUGAUAGAUAAGAAUCGCUUCCCCACCUCACAGGAAAGACAAAGCAAGAACGAGGUGGCCAUACUGCAGAAUCUGUCCCAUCCUGGAGUCAUUGUACUUGAAGGCAUGUUUGAAACAGUUGAGCGCACGUUUGUCAUCAUGGAAAAGCUUCACAGUGACAUGCUAGAAAUGAUUCUUUCUCAUGAGAAUGGGCGACUGCCUGAGCGCACCUCACGCUUCCUGGUUAUGCAGAUUCUGGAGGCUCUACGCUACCUGCACAUGAAGCAUGUUGCUCACUGUGACCUCAAACCUGAGAAUGUGCUGCUGUCCUCUCCAGAUCCUUUCCCUCAGGUGAAGCUCUGUGACUUUGGGUUUGCACGGAUUAUUGGUGAGAAGUCUUUCCGGCUCUCUGUGGUGGGCACACCAGCAUAUCUGGCUCCUGAGGUGAUCAACAGCAACGGCUACAACCGUUCACUGGACAUGUGGGCAGUGGGGGUGAUCCUGUAUGUGAGCCUGAGCGGGACGUUCCCCUUUAAUGAGGAUGAGGACAUUCACCAGCAGAUCACCAACGCUGCAUUCAUGUAUCCUCGCCAUCCUUGGGCACUCAUCUCUCUGGAGGCGGUGAGUCUGAUUAAUAACCUGCUGCAGGUGGUUGUACGACGCAGGUUCAGUGUUGGGAAAGCUAUGGGACACCCCUGGCUCCAGAACUUCCAGCUGUGGUGUGACCUGCGCAUGUUCGAACAGCGACUGGGUCACCGGUACCUCACUCACGAAUCUGAUGAUGAGCGCUGGAGACACCAUGCCCAGGAGAAAAACCUCACUCUUCCACCUCAUCUAACCUCCGCAGUCACACUAACUCACUCAGUUUCUCAUGCAUUGAAGUGACUCACUCAUUUAGCCUGUACAGUUCAGAUAGUGCUUUAAACUGUAAACUAUUAAAUGUACAAAAUCCAAAGC